AGGUUCAUAGUAGGCGUCAGAAUCCUCAAUUUCCAACUUAGCAUCCUGGCAGGACACUCUCCAAAGCAAAGCCCCAUCCGAGAGCAAAAAAACUUGCUCCGCGCGUUAGGCAUGAGAGACACAGUGCGCACAGAGGGUGAGAGAGUGGCUCGAAAAUCCGCGUGUGAGUGAAAACAACCGGGUUGCAGUCUGACAACGACUGAUUAACGAGUGUGAAGUCUAUGCAUUUGUCGUUCUCUUUCAUUUCCAUCAGUGCUAUCACCGCGAGGAGGACGGGACGGGGGUCUGUUUAUUCGCAACUCUAUGAGCGAGAGCUCAUAUACGCGGAGAGCGCGUAAGAGUUUGAGGGAAAGAACACAAGUGAGAACCUUAUAUUAGGAUCUUCACCAUGGCAUACCCUCAGGGCUACUUGUAUCAGCCAUCCGCCUCUUUGGCACUCUAUUCGUGCCCUGCCUACAGUACAAGCUUGAUAUCGGGACCUCGGACUGAGGAACUAGGGAGAUCUUCCUCUGGCUCUGCUUUCGCUCCCUAUGCCGGAUCUACAGCGUUCACCAGCGCCUCGCCAGGCUACAAUUCCCACCUCCCGUACGGUGCUGAUGCCGCUGCCACUUUUACUUCUUAUGUGAGCUCGCCGUAUGAUCACGCGACAGGCAUGGCCGGAUCUAUCGGGUAUCAUCCUUACGCUGCUCCUUUGGGCUCAUACCCGUAUGGAGACCCAGCUUACCGCAAGAAUGCUACCCGGGACGCCACAGCCACUCUGAAAGCCUGGUUAAGCGAGCACAGGAAAAACCCAUACCCCACCAAAGGCGAGAAGAUCAUGCUGGCCAUCAUCACAAAAAUGACCCUCACGCAAGUGUCCACCUGGUUCGCCAACGCCAGGAGGAGGCUAAAGAAGGAGAACAAGAUGACCUGGACCCCACGGAACAGGAGCGAGGACGAGGAGGAGGACGAAAACAUUGAUCUAGAGAAAAACGACGACGACGAGCCAAACAAGCCUACAGACAAGGGAGAAUCCACAGACACAGAGGCAGAUCAUAAGCUCAUCAACCCAGGGGAGAUACCGUGCGACAGGUUUAAAGACGAUGCUAAAGAUCUUGAUCCACUUUUAUCAGACACGGAAUUAAAAAACACAGAGGAGCGGACGGAUUUGCUCGCCGAGCAGGCAAAACCCACCACAUCCUCUCCCUCCGUCCUACAGAGAGGGAAUGAUCUCCUUAUGCAAGAGAAGCCAUCAGAACCGGGUCAUGCCACGAGCACGGGUAACAGCAACGUAACGUCUGUCAUUCAUUCUCCCCCUUCGGCGCCCAAACCCAAACUCUGGUCUUUGGCCGAGAUCGCCACGUCUUCGGACAGGUGCAAGGGGGUCAGUGAGGCUCCACAGGCCGCGGGGCUGGGUCAAAACACAGUCAUAGCCAGACCUGCCUCGCCAACCCGGUCCUCCCCUCAAUGCCCUCUCCCUAAUAACACUGUCCUCUCUCGGCCUAUUUACUACACAUCGCCUUUUUACCCGGGCUACACGAACUAUAGCACUUUCGGACAUCUCCACAGCAGCCACGGCACCAACACCAGCUCCACGGCACAUUUCAAUGGAUUAAGCCAGACUGUUUUAAACAGAGCCGAGGCUCUAGUCAGAGAGAGCAAACUAAGAAGCCAAACGCAGGUAGAUCUUUGCAAAGACUCACCUUAUGAUCUAAAGAAAGGUAUGUCAAACAUUUAAUACCGGAUUCGGCGCCAAUCACAUGGACCUUUAUUUAUUAUUUGUGGUUGCUUAAAAGAAGAAGCAAAGGAAGACGCAAACGAUCAUUCUGAUUGCAGUACCCGAGGACAAUUAUUUUCUGAGUAAAUGCUUAUCCACAAAUCUUAGUUUCUGAAUGGUUAAUCAAGAGGAUGUAACUUCUAAGAAUUGUCCUAAACGCUGCAGCCGCCUAAGUCUAUUUGUAUUAAAAAGACUAAUAUGUAUAUUUAAUGUAGCAUUUUGUAUUUAAAAUGGACAGUACACUAUCUUUGAAGUAAAUUA